AUGGCCUCAAUAGCGAUUGCCUUUUUUAUAUUGGUUCUAUUCAGGGUUUUGAUAGCUCCAGUCAAAUCACAAACAUGUCAUGGCAUGGCACAAUAUGAUCCAUGUUCAUCGCAUACUGCUUGCAGCUGUUUUCAUUUGGCAGAUGAUCAUGAGAGUGGUAUUUGUACUGAUGAAUUCUUGAGUUCUUGCUCUGAGUUAGUUCCAUGCAACGAACAAACAAAUCUUUGUAAUGAAUCUGAUCAUACGUGUCUUCAGCAUCCUCGAUGCUACCAUCAUUCUGUUUGCUAUCCAGUGCCAAGCUUCAAUCAACAAUAUUGUCCGCCAUUGACAACUACAACCACUACCACUACAACUACCACUACCACUACAACUACCACCCCCACUACCACUACCACUACCACUACCACUACCACUACCACUACCACUACCACUACCUCUACAACAACAAGUACGAGCACCACUACAACAUCAACUACAACUACAACGACAAUGCAAAUAUCAGCUGUUGCUGUUAGUAGUCUAGCAGCAUACUGUGGUUGUGCAGGAUUCACCUUAUCACUAACGAAUAUGUCAUUUAGUACGAAUGGUACUACCUAUCAAUGGCAAUCAUCACCAUCCGGUCAGAAUAUCUGGUCGAAUGCUAGUUCAGUUAGUUCUUCUUCGUCGUUGGCUAAGACGAGUCAAGGUAAUUCAACAGAUUAUCAGUGUCAAAUCUUUGUUGUUAGUCCAUCAAUAACGACUUGUAUAUCGACUGUUGUCACUGUCUUAACCACCACUUAUACUGCAUAUUGUCAAACGAAAUCUGUCAAUUGUAAUUGUUGUGGCGACAAUCUCAAUAACUUUAUAUUUAUUGGUGAAUCAGGCACACAAAUCGAAGAUAUAAAUANCCAAAAAUAA